UUUGUUGGAUAACUUGCUUGCCCUCUUGGAGAAGUUGAUCAAUUUUUUGGAACUGAGGCGUAAAAGGCACUGGGUGUCCCUCCACUACCUACCUGUCCAGUUCCUUUCCCAAGCUCAGGACCGCACCACGUCCCAGGGGAGCCGGCCACUGGGCUUUACCCCAGUCAACAGCGUUUUCCCUGAAGGCCAACGCUGCUGCGCCAGCCCCAGUCCGGCCAGGGGCCCAGAUUCCUUCACACAAAGCCCAGGCCAGUCCCCGGAGGCGUGGGAACCCGAGCCAGGCGCCCCUCCUCCCCACCUGGGCGGCGCCGCUCUGGCACUGGCGGGAGUGUGGGGACGGCCACCGCGCCACAGGCGCUCAGUCGCCAGAGCUGAAGCUACUGCGCGGUUCCAGAGUCGGGAGCACCCCCACCUCUCCAAGGGCCUGCUGGGGUCCCACCGGGACCAGCCUCAGCGCACGCCACCUGGCCACCUCCCACCCAACCAGGCUCCUCGCCCGGCCCUGACGUGACCGCAAGUGGACAAACCAGCCCGACGAGCCCAACUUGCCGCCUGGCCCGGCCGCAGCAGGUGGUGGCCCCGGACUUCCCGCUGUCGCCGCGGCUGGGAGCGCUGCGCGCCCCGUCGCGUCCGGAUGGAGGCGGACGGGAACCCGGAGGAGCUGGCCCAGCUGCGCUCGCUCUUCGCCGCCUGCGACUCGAACCGCUCCGGGCGCCUGGAGCGUGAGGAGUUCAGCGCUCUGUGCGCGGAGCUGCGCGUGCGGCCCGCAGACGCCGAGGCAGUGUUUCAGCGGCUGGACGCGGACCGCGACGGUGCCAUCACCUUCCAGGAAUUCGCGCGCGGCUUCCGCGGGGCCCGUCGCGGGGGGCGGCGUCGGGGCUGGGGGCCGCGGGAGUCCUCUCCCGCCGCAGCGGACGUGGGCACUGAGGCUGAAGACAGAGGGGAAGACGAGAGUGACGAGGACGCGGCGGCAGCGCCGGCCGCCCCGUGGGACACGGCGAGGCCCGGCUGCGCCUGGCAGGACUUCCAGGCGCGACUCGGGGACGAAGCCAAGUUCAUCCCCAGGGAAGAACAAGUAGGUAUCCUAUAUCAAAACAUCAACCUCGUGGAGCCAAGACUGAUUCAGCCGUAUGAACAUGUCAUAAAGAAUUUUAUCCGUGAGAUCAGACUUCAGAGCACAGAAAUGGAAAACCUGGCCAUUGCAGUGAAGAGAGCCCAGGACAAGGCAGCCAUGCAGUUGAGUGAGUUGGAAGAGGAAAUGGAUCAGAGGAUUCAGGCUGCAGAACAUAAGACACGGAAAGAUGAAAAACGCAAAGCUGAGGAAGCUCUCACUGAUCUCAGACGUCAGUAUGAAACAGAAGUAGGGGAUCUGCAGGUGACAAUAAAAAAACUAAAAAAGCUUGAAGAACAAUCAAAACACAUAAGUCAAAAGGAAGAUGUGACUGCACUAAAAAAACAAAUUUAUGAUUUAUCAAUGGAAAAUCAGAAAGUUAAAAAAGAUCUUUUAGAAGCACAGACAAGCAUAGCCUUCCUUCAGAGUGAAUUAGACGCUCUGAGAAGUGAUUAUGCUAACCAGAGUCUGAACUCUGAGAGGGAUCUGGAAAUAAUCCGAGAAUACACAGAAGAUCGAAAUAAUCUUGAGAGGCAAAUUGAAAUACUCCAAACAGCGAACCGGAAGCUUCAUGACAGUAACGAUGGUCUUAGGAGUGCCCUUGAAAACAGCUACAGCAAGUUCAACAGAUCCUUGCGCGUAAAUAAUAUAUCACCAGGGAAUACAAUUUCUAGAAGCAGUCUUAAAUUUAAUGGUCAUUCUCCUCAACCUCUGGGCUAUGACAGGUCAUCCCGCUCCUCCUAUAUGGAUGAGGACUGUGACUCAUUGGCCCUCUGCGAUCCUAUGCACAGGAUGAAUUGUGAAGUUGACAGCCUGCCUGAGAGCUGUUUCGACAGCGGCUUGUCUACCCUGAGGGAUCCCAACGAGUACGACUCAGAGGUGGAAUACAAACACCAGCGGGGAUUUCAGAGGCCGCACGGGGCGCAGGAGAGCUUUGCGGGUGAUGCUUCAGACACAGAUGUCCCUGAUAUAAGGGAUGAAGAGACAUAUGGCUCUGAAGGUGUGGCUGCUGUCUUGGACUGGAACUCCCAAGGAUCUGUUAGUGAAGGCAGCGUGGUUGGUUCAAUAAGAAGACCCAUCUCCGCACUUUCACCCCAUACAGACACGGAGAAUGACAGCCCCAGCUUGUCUAGCCCACAGAAGGCUUACAAGAUUGUGCUUGCCGGGGACGCCGCGGUGGGGAAGUCCAGUUUCCUCAUGAGACUUUGCAAGAAUGAAUUUCGAGGAAACACCAGUGCCACCCUGGGAGUUGAUUUCCAAAUGAAAACUCUCUUUGUAGAUGGAGAGCGAACAGUUCUGCAACUCUGGGACACAGCUGGUCAGGAGAGAUUCAGAAGCAUUGCCAAAUCUUACUUCAGAAGAGCCGACGGUGUUUUGCUGCUGUAUGACGUUACAUGUGAGAAGAGCUUUCUUAAUGUACGGGAAUGGAUAGACAUGAUUGCGGAUGCAGCCCAUGAGAUGAUCCCUAUCAUGCUGGUGGGAAACAAGGCUGACCUUCGAGACUCCGCUUCUGCAGAGGGGCAACAGUGUGUCUCAGGAUACUUUGGAGAAAAGCUGGCCAUGACCUAUGGUGCCUUAUUCUGUGAAACAAGUGCCAAAGAUGGUUCCAAUGUGGUGGAAGCUGUUCUACAUCUUGCUCGGGAAGUGAAAAAAAGAACUGAGGAGGAGGACAGCAAAUCCAUCGCCAACCUGAGUGGGACCAGUUCCAAAAAGUCGGCCCAGAUGAAGAAUUGUUGCAGUGGUUAAAGACCAAAUGGCUUUGGCCUGUGAAGUCUUCAUUCCAGCUUACUAAAUCUGCGUGACUUGUUUGGUUCUUUGCUGAGUGGUGCAUUCUCCCGACACAGUCCUUCAAGAGGGUAUAGCCUGGGAAAUCAGAACCAUGCUCUUGGGUCUGUCUGCAACCUUGACUCCUUUCUGUAUCUCAAUGAGCGAUUUGGACCUUCUGGUUAAAUAGACUUGUCCUGUCCUUACAGAGCCUUGAAAUAUCAUGGGUAUGUGUUUGACUGUGGUUCAAAAAAUCACAUGCUCAGAUCAAAGCUUUAGAAGAAACUCAGUGGCCUAAUCAGAUUCAUGUGAUAGCUGACAUUGUCAUAACCUAGGACAAUGCUCACCUAAAAUGUUUGAUACUAGAGCACUAGUAAAAGGGAGUUCUCAUCCUAGCCUUGCUGUUAACCAGCUUUGUGAUCUUGGACAUGUCGCCAGCCUAUGUUGGAUCUGUCUCUUCAUCUGCAGAGCAUGCAGCUUACCCUCAAAGGCCCUGCAGGCCUUGGUGCCUCUCAGUCUCUAAAAUUUCAAGCAACAGGGAAAAGAGUACAAGGACCCACAGUUCAUAACGAACUCUUAGUUAUUCCUGAGUUUUUUUUAUUAUCAGAAUAUUGGUCUUUCUCUCUUCUGAAAUAAGAAGAGAAUUUAAUUGAGAAAAAAAUGGAAUUUUUAAGGUUCCAGUGGAAACUGAAAAAUUUAUUUUUAUACUUAUAAAGGAAAUAUAUUUGUUGUAUAUUUAAAGAAGGUAUUUUAUAAUGUUGCAAAUGUAUAAGGUCCACGGUUUACAAAGUGUUAAAAUUCUAAUGAAAACAUGUAAGUACAAUGCCUAGAAAAGUGGUCUCUCUUUGCUUAAAAACACACACCAGCCAGUGGUUGCCAGGAGCUGAGGAAAGAGAGGAACUGAGAGUGACAGCUAAUGGGUAUGUCUUGGAAUUAGAACGGUAAUGGUAAUGAUCCUGUAACUUCUUAAAUGAAGUAAAGGCCACUGAAUUGUAUACUUCAAAAGUGUAAACUUUACAGAAUGUGAAUUACUCUAUUUCACUUUAAAAUAUUAGCACUUAGAACGAUUUCACAUUUUGCCAUCUGAAAAUAUCCAUGCCUAUUUCAAGCAUUCCCCUGGUUUCAAUGUGUAAUCUGUCAAAUAAUGCAAAUCCUCUAACUCCCCAGUUGCAAAUGUUGUUCUCCAUAAGUGUCCUGGAGGCUCACGUCCAAGACCAGAUGGCUCCAUCAGUUUGGUUUCUGAGGAGGGCAGUAGAUAGUGAUGGUGGAGUGGGAGUGUGUGCAGGAAAGACUGAUGGCACGAAGCCAGGAAAGAGAGUGGCUGGGCUCAACUCAGGUUUUUAUUACCAACACAAAUUAACAUGCAAACCAUAGAAUUGGUCUUUUAUUUUACAUGAUAAGUGACUCAUCAUUUUCAUGGCCUGGGUGGUCUUACUCUCUUUCUAGAACCUGCACUACCUCCCCAGACGUCCUCACUGAGAUGUCUCUGAGAGCCAGUGACAUUGUCUUUCAGUGACCUGAAGCAAUCAAGUUCUUUACAAGAUAUUUGAACUUACAUUUGUUCCUAUGGAUACAGCUUGCUGAAAAACUCAAAUAAUGAAUAUUAUUUAUUAUAUAAGUUAACAUUUCUUUAAGUUCAAUUAAAACAAUUUCAUACAGCAGCCUUUUUCCUUUUAUGAUUUUUAUCAUCAAACUUAAGCCUCGUUUUUUAUAAAUGGAAAGUGACCAAGAUACAUUACACAUGACAAUUAUAAAUAACCACAACAUUGGCUUUUAAAAGUGUGACCUCUCCCUACUGAAAUAUUUUGUAUUUUUAUUAUUGAAAAAGUUGACUUUUUUAUUAUUGAAAAGUUGACUCUACCCCUCAGUAACUCUGCCAUGAACUCCCGUUCCCUAUUUUGUUUGGUUCCAGAAAAAAAGAAUAGAUGUUUGACCAAAAAGAAUGCCAUGCUUGUAGAACAUUGUCAAAAUAAACAUGAGAGGCCGGUGCCGCGGCUCACUAGGCUAAUCCUCCGCCUUGCGGCGCCGGCACACGGGGUUCUAGUCCCGGUCGGGGCGCCGGAUUCUGUCCCGGUUGCCCCUCUUCCAGGCCAGCUCUCUGCUGUGGCCCGGGAAUGCAGUGGAGGAUGGCCCAAGUGCUUGGGCCCUGCACCCCAUGGGAGACCAGGAGAAGUACCUGGCUCCUGCCAUUGGAUCAGCGUGGUGCGCCGGCCGCAGCGCGCCGGCCGCAGCGGCCAUUGGAGGGUGAACCAACAGAAAAGGAAGACCUUUCUCUCUGUCUCUCUCUCUCACUGUCCACUCUGCCUGUCAAAAAAAUAAAAAUAAAAAAUAAAUAAACAUGAGAGUGUGGGAGACUGGCUUUAUAUAUAUACAUAUAUACACACAUAUUAUAAAUAUAUUUGUGGCAAGGUGAAACAAUUGCUGUCUGCCUCAGGCAUCUCUUGAACCCAGGUUAGAUCGGAUCUGAUAUUUAUGUGUUGCUAUAUGGAACACAUGUUUGGGUUUUGGUGCCAUUGCUCAAAACUAUAAUAGUAUAAGGUUGUUGGUUUUUUUUUUUUUUAAUAUUUACUUAUUUAUUUGAAAGGCAGAGUUACAGAGAGGCAGAGGCAGAAAGAGGUCUUCUGUCUGCAGGUUCACUCUCCAGAUGGUCGAAAUGGCCUGAGCUGCACCGAUCUGAAGCCAGGAGCCAGGAGCCAGGAGCCAGGAGCUUUUCUGGGUCUCCCACAUGGGUGUAGAGGCUCAAGGAUCUGGGCCAUCUUCUACUGCUUUCCCAGGCCACAGCAGAGAGCUGGAUCAGAAGUGGAGCAGCCAGGACUUGAACCAGCACCCAUAAGGGAUGCCGGCACUGCAGGCAGCAGCUUUACUCACUAUACCACAGCCGCUGGCCUCAGUAGUCUAAGUUUUAUCCUAUUACCUUUAUUUAUUUCCUCCAAAGUGUCUCUUUAUAUAUUUGUCUUAUAAUAUGUAAAUAAGAGUGUAUCUUUAAUACAGAAGUAUUACCGUAGUAUCCACCGCCACAGUGUACUACCAGUGCACCCAAAUUGAUUAGCAGAUUUCAUAGAGGGCUUUGAUGGAUAAACUAAUCAAUGUUAACUGCUUGAACCUGGAUAAAUAUUUGGCCCUGAAAUCCAGAAUUAUAGCUCUGGUUAGCAAUCUUGUUUAAAGAAAAACUACUUAAAGCUCUUAGCUGCAUUGCUGGGAAUCAUGAUUAUUACCCACAUUUUUACAUCAAAGAGGCCUCAGAUUAAAGUGUGUUUUUGAUAAGGACAAAAAUAUUUAAUGCGUUUAUCAUAGACUUUAUUUGAAGUAUUUGCAUAUUCCUAUGGAAGUAACUCACCUUGUCUCUAUUUUUCCUUUGAGAGAUUUUAAAAUUGCAAUUAUACUACUCUCCAUUUUUGUGUAUCCUGACACAUUGGAUAAUAUUUUAAUUUCAUUAUAGAAAAUAAUGUUGGAUAAGGAGACAUUUUUCACUGUUAACUUCAAGCCCUGUGCAUUUUCAUAAUUUAUUUUUUCAUGUGCUGCUUUAUAUGACGUAUGUGACAUUUGAUUAUUUAAUACUAGAUGUGAUUUGCAUAAACCCAGUUGCACAGCUGUACUGCCGAAGAUAAAAUUGAGGUUAAAGAUAAAGAUUUAUUUUCAUAUUUGACUUCAGAAUGAUAGUUUUUGUGGGCUUUUAUUGUAUGUGUAUAUAAGAAAUUUCCUAUGUAUAUAUUAAGUAGGCCUCUGAGUAUUGAAUAAUUGUUUUAUGAUUUUGAUUUAUAUGGUUUACAUUUUCGUAGUAUCGGCCAUAUUUCGUUUAUACUGUUUAUUUCUCUUCAACCCAUUAAUAAUUAUACGAUAAAGUAUAAUUUUAUAGCAAUGCAAAUGUCUAAGGAACUACAAAUAUUUUAUGCCUUGUAAAUCCAAUAAAGCAUGCUUCCAUUGGC